CAACCAGUACGAGCUGCACCUCUUCCUGCCUGUCUGAUAAAUGGAAUCCGAUCGCAAACGUCGACAUUGGAAAGUAACUUGUCGCAAGAUGCCAUUCAGCCUCCGCAUCCACCUAGGAAUAACCCACCUCCGGAAGAUCUACCACCCUUGGAACCUGUACCCUUGUCGGGCAGUCCUCGACGACCAGCCAGGACAAGCACCUUGGUUUGA